AAAAAAUAUUUAAAUUACAUUUAAAUGUUUAGUUAGAUUAGGAUGUGACACCUCUUUCUGUUUGGAUAAACAUAAGAAAACUGCAUUAUCUUUGGUUAGUUGGUGUCUCUCCAACGGUCAUGGCUUCUUCAAGAACCCUCCAAAAAUUUAUUCCCAAAAAUCCCCAAUUAUUUUCAGAACCCACAAUUCACGUAUGCCAAAAUGCUGCUGUUCCGCCAUUGCCAGUUUCAAGAAGGUGUGCAAUUCUCAUCUCCGUUCUACCAUUCUGCAUUGUUGCUCUUCCUCAGACAUUACUAGCUAGAGAGAGACGCAGUAGGAAGACCAUCCCUAUUGAAGACUAUAUCGUUACUCCUGAUGGGCUUAAGUACUAUGAUAUUGUCGAAGGGAAGGGUCCAGUUGCCGAAAAAGGAUCGACUGUGCAGGUGCAUUUUGAUUGUUUAUAUCGCGGCAUUACAGCUGUGUCGAGCCGGGAAUCCAAGCUCUUGGCCGGGAAUAGAAGCAUUGCCCAGCCUUAUGUGUUCCAAGUUGGAGCUGUGCCGGGGAAAGAGCGAAAGCGUGAGUUUGUGGACAGUCCGAAUGGUUUGUUCUCUGCACAGGCUGCACCAAAACCUCCAAAAGCUAUGUAUGUGGUGACAGAGGGCAUGAGAGUUGGAGGGAAGAGAACUGUGAUUGUACCCCCGGAUGCUGGUUAUGGGCCGAAAGGAAUGAAUGAAAUCCCGCCGGGGGCUGAAUUUGAGCUAAAUAUCGAGCUUUUGGAAGUAGUACCACCCGAAGGCAAGUGACAAGACACGGCUGGAUCGAAUGUUUCGUGUAUAAUCUCAUGUUCCCAUAACUUCACGAGUAACUUGAUUCAUUUAUGCUAUUAGCUGAACAAAAUGCGUUUGAGGUGAGCUUGUGUAUUCAUUUAGUCGACAAUUGAGAAACUAGAAUAGUCGGCUUAUGAAUGUGUUUUUGGGUGAAUCAUUUUAUCCCUUGUAGGAAUAGAGAAAUAUACGACUGAAUUAAUGAAACCAAAACGAUUCGUGUUGAA